AGGAAAUAAUGAGGAGGAUAUAUAAUCGAUAUAUGAUUCAUAUGUCAUAAAAGAGAGUAGAAUACUCUGAGACUUGCUCGCACCCAACCGCGCUUCUCCGCCGUCGACUUCUAAACCCCAUCUCCACAGCCUCCUAAUUAUUCCUACCUUCCUUGCUUCAGAAAGCCUAAAGCAUCUGUAAAUGAGGGGAAGGAGUUACAGUCCGUCACCACCAAGGGGCUAUGGCAGAAGAGGACGAAGUCCUAGCCCUAGGGGCCGCUAUGGUGGCCGUGGUAGAGAUCUGCCUACCAGCCUUCUGGUUCGAAAUCUUCGCCAUGAUUGUAGGCCAGAUGAUCUCCGCAGACCAUUUGGACAGUUUGGUCCUCUUAAGGACAUUUAUUUGCCAAAAGAUUACUAUUCUGGGGAACCUCGUGGUUUUGGUUUUGUCCAAUAUGUAGAUCCUGCUGAUGCUGCUGAGGCUAAAUAUCACAUGGAUGGCAAGAUUCUACUUGGUCGGGAAGUAACUGUUGUGUUCGCAGAGGAGAACAGGAAGAAGCCAUCUGAUAUGAGGGCAAGGGAGCGUGGAAGCCGCAGUCGUUAUCGUGAUCGAAGACGUUCUCCCCCUCGCUAUUCUCGAUCUCCUCGAUAUUCUAGAUCCCCACCUCCACAUCAUGCGAGAUCUGGGUCCCGCAGCCGAGAUUAUUAUUCACCUCCUCCUAAGCGAAGGGACUACUCCAGGUCUUUGUCACCCGCGGACAGAAGGUACAGUCGAGAGAGGUCAUACUCUCGAUCGCCACCCUAUAAUGGGUCAAGGAGCCGCAGUCAGAGCCCAGCUAGGGGUCCUAGCCCGAGUCGGAGCCGAAGCCAGAGCCCAAGAAGAAGCCGAAGCCAAAGUCCAAAUCCCUAUCCAAGGGAAUCAAAUGGGGAUAGGUCUCCUAGUGCAUGAGGUGUUUGUGGGAUUUGUUUGUGAGCAGUAACUUGUGAUCAUUUUAAUUUCGCUUGGAAUUUGCAAACAGUUUGAAGUUGGUAAUUACUGUUGGAUGAUUAACGGUGUCGAAGGUUUUGGAUUAAUUACUGUUGGUAUUUAUGUUAUUCAGAUUGUACUUUUUGGUAGAAAGCUUUUUCUGUUA